CCCUCCUUCGAAGCAGGCCUAACCUAAAUGGCCGAGACGCCGCCGAGGCGCCCAGCCAUGCCUCUUCUUCCCAACCUCCGGUGGUGGCUGGGCGGCGCACCGGCGGCGGCCGCCUGAGCCCGCCGCAUUGCCUGGGGGGAGUCGUGCUAGGAAUCCUACCGAACACGGGGCCUCGACGGGCUUGAGCCGAGGGCGCGCGCGGAGUACGUGCCGCCGAUGCCAGGCACCCACGAUGCACGACCACCUCGCCGCCCUCCUCCUCCGCGGCAGCGGCGGGCACCACCACUCGCACCCGCGCGCCGUCCACGGCGCCGCAGUCAAGCUCGGCUGCCUCGCCUCCACCUACCUCUGCAACAACCUCCUCCUCUCGUACCAGGCCCGCGGCCACCUCGCGGACGCGCGGGGCGUGUUCGACGAAAUGCCCCGCCGCAACGUCGUCUCCUGGUCCGUCCUCAUCGCGGCCUCCUCCCGCCUCGGCGUCCUCGGGGAUGCGCUCUCGCUGUUCGCCGGCAUGCUUCGCGGCGGGGAACGCGACCGACCCAACUCGUUCACGGUCGCCGCGCUGGUGGCCGGGUGUGCCCGUGCCAAGGACGCUGUCGCGGGCGAGCAAGUGCAUGCUUCCGCGGUCAAGCUUGGCGUCGACGAGGACGAGAGUGUUGCGGGGACGCUGGUCGACAUGUACGCCAAGUGUGGUCGCGUGGGCUCGUCAUGGCGGGCGUUUGUGCUCACGCCGCAGAGGAGCGUUCUGAGCUGGACAAGCAUGAUCGCUUGCCUCGUCAACCAUGGGGAUUCAGGGUACCGUGACACAGCUAUUGUCCUAUUCAAGAAGAUGCUGGUUUUGAAGGUUUGGCCAACAAAUGCUACGUUUUCUUGCAUCCUGAAGGUGUUUGAUGUGCCUGAGUUGCUCCCCAGCGGAAAGCAGGUUCACGGCUGCUUGGUGAAGAUGGGGACUGAGGUAGAUCCUGCGUUAGGAACUGCUCUUUUGGCAAUGUAUGGUAGAUGUGGUGGAAUGGAUGAGAUAACUAGGUUGGCUUGCCGGAUAAGGCAUGAUGCGUUCUCCAGGACUUCGCUGCUUACAGCCUAUGCACGUAAUGGCUGCAAUAUGGAGGCGGUUCGAGUUUUCCGGGACAUGUUGAUGGGUCAUAUGCCUAUUGACCAGUCAGCUAUAACUAGCCUGCUGCAGGUUUGUUCAUCACUAGGACAACUUAGAGUGGUCAAGGAGAUUCAUUGCUAUGCUCUAAAGAAUUUUUUUAGGUUGGAUACAUUACUUCUGAAUGCUAUUGUCACUGUUUAUGGCAAAUGUGGUGAUAUAGCAAGUUCAGAGAUUGUAUUUAAUACAUUGGAAAACAAGGACACAAUAUCCUGGACAGCUUUAUUAACUUGCUAUGUGCAGAAUGAUCUUUCUCAGGAGGCACUAUUCUUCUUUAGGGAAAUGGUUCGAAAGGGGCUAGAAUCAUCAAUAUUUUGCAUCACAAGUGUGUUACGGGCCUGCUCUGCCACUUCUAGUCUUUCUUGUGGAUGGCAAAUUCACUCCAGGGUGGUUAAGUUAGGGGUUGAUGAUGACACCUCUGUGGAGAAUGCCCUUGUAACAAUGUAUGCAAAGUGUGGAGUUGUUCAGGUCGCAUUGAAGAUUUUUAAUUCAAUGAGGAAUAGGGGUAUUAUCUCUUGGAAUGCGUUAAUCACAAGUUUUUCUCAGCAUGGCAAUGAGGUGGCAGCCAUUCAGCUAUUUGAUAUGAUGCAAGAAGAAAUGGUGUGUCCUGAUGAUUAUACUUUUGUCGGACUAUUGUCGUCUUGUAGCCGAAUGGGCCUAGUUGCAGAGGGUUGUGAAUACUUCAAACAGAUGAAGACCAAGUACAAUCUGGAGCCCAAGAUGGAACAUUACACAUGCAUGGUUGAUCUAUUUGCCCGUGCUGGAAGAUUUUCUGAUGCGAUGAAAUUCAUUGAUGCCAUGCCUUGUCAACCAGACCAACUGGUGUGGGAAGCUUUGCUAGCUUCAUGUAGGGUUCACGGUAAUUUGGAUUUAGGAAGAAUGGCAGCAAAGAAGAUUCUGGAAAUUAAACCAGAGGAUCCUUCACCAUAUAUUAUAUUAUCCAGCAUUCAUGCUUCAAUUGAUAUGUGGGAUGAAAAAGCCCGGAAUCGAACUUUAUUAGACUUCCAGCAAUUGAGGAAGGACGUGGGAAGUAGUCAGCUUGAUUCACAAGGAUUUUCAGAUGAUAUAUUUAACGCAUUACAAGUUGGAGUAACAUAAGACUGAUGAUGUGCUGAUGCUUCCUUUUCUGUGGAGAGGGAACUAAGAUGCAUCGCCAAACUUUAUGGGUAAUAUUGAUCUCCAAGACAGAAUCAUUAACUCUACACAAUCUGAAAGUGACCAUAGAGUUGAGCCAUUUUACCCCACAUUGGGACAGGGCAGACGAGGAGUCUCAAUUGAGCUUGCAUGCUCGUGGGCAAACUCAUGGCAGCAGCAGAACAUGACUGAAGAGGUUGCGCUGGAAUGAGCUCCAAGCCCUUGUCCAAUCUGCCACCACCACGAGAUCUGUUGGCCUGCUUGCUGCUGAGGUAAUAAGGAAGAAAACCAAUGAGGGAGAAGACAAUAGAAAAGUUGGCCGUGGUGACAUUAUGCCAAUGAAGGACUAAACUUGGUGACAUUUUACUCUAUAGAAAAAGAGCAAAGGCAUAUACAUUGGGUGCAGGACAGAUAGAGAUAAUUCUUGCUGUUGACUGUGCUCUGUACAUUCAUGCACUGAAGGAAUGCCUGAAGCCUUGUGACUAUGUUUGCAAUUUGCAAAUGCAGCAAGUUACACUACCAGAAAAUGCCAGUGAAAUUUCAUGAUCUGAACAUAGACUAGAGAAUGGUUGGGGAUUGGAGCAACUGGUAAAGGAUGGAGAAGCAACUAGCCCUAGGCUGUGAAUAUUGACCAACUGAUGAGGUGAUGAUGGACCUCUCAAGCAGGUAGUACUCAAGCAAGUUUAACACGAGCUCAUUGUGUCAUUCUAGAGACAGGCAUGGUAGAUGGUAUGAACUACUUCCGCUGGAGGUGAAUAAAACAUAUCACUGAUUUAUUACUAUAUAAAUCAAUUGCUGAAGAAUCUGAUAUCUGCCAACUUGGAGUUGACAUAACCAUCGCUUUGCAGGUUUUUUUUUUUUUUUGAUGGGAAUCGCUUUGCAGCUUCAGAUGAUUAUAAAUCUCUUUUGCUUCCUUGGUGUUGUAUAACUUCCUACUGGAGAUACUGUAGAGUGCAAAUCUUUUCACUUUUAUAUGAGUCGUAGAAUGCAUAUCAUGGAACUUUUUCUACAAGGGAAAGAAGAUUUAUUAGUUCAUUUGUGCAUACCUACAAAUAUGAAAUUAUUAUUUGAAAGAACUACAAGAGUAAGAUUAUACCUCAAUUAUGCAAGUUUGUGUUAUAUUUGAUACAUAGCAUGUUAGAAUUUCAAUGGUUACUCUCAUUGAGAAGAGGAUGGCACUCGAGAUGGGGCAAUUUUCUGGUUUUCUUCAUUCACAAAACACAAAGCCAUAUCCUCCCAAAGAGGAUUGGAUACACAUUUAUAGCUGCUUGUAGCAGCCAUGCUAGGGCAAGAGGGUGCUGUUCUAGAGCAUCCCAACAAACUGUCCUAGAGCAUCUCAACAAACUGCUGUCCUAGCUGUCCUAGAGCAUCCAAACUGAAAGUAGAGAUGCUGUCCUAGAAAGCUAAAAAGCAAGAAAAAGCACCACAAGACCAAGACCAACCAGCCAAGACUUAUUCCUACAUUCUCCCCCUAAGUCUUGUGCGCCGUCUUGUGGGAAAGUUGAGCCAUCCCGAUCCGGGAGCAGAGCUCAAGGAACUUGAUCCUCCCAAGGGGCUUGGUGAGCAAAUCCGCAAGCUGGUCCUUGGUGUUGAUGUAGCUCGCCUUGAUGCUCCCUUCCUCCAAGUAGCUUCGGAUGAAGUGGUACCUCACCCGGAUGUGCUUGCUCCGUUCGUGAAAAACGGGGUUCUUUGCCAGGGCCAGAGUGGACUUGCUAUCCACCCUGAGCUUCACCGCUCCAGUAUCUCUGCCGAGGAGAUCACUAAGCAGUCGAGCAAGCCAGUGCGCCUGGGUCGAAGCGGCGGAGGCCGCCAUGUACUCGGCCUCGCAGCUGGACAGGGCCACCACCUGCUGCUUGACUGACUGCCAGCUAACAAGGCACUCGCCAAGGAAGAAGAGAAUCCCGCUCGUGCUCUUGCUGGUGUCGAUGUCGCCGGCGUGGUCGCUGUCGCUGUACCCGAUGAAGUGUGCCUUGCCAGGACACCUCGGGUAGUAGAGACCGUGGUUGAGAGUCCCCGCAACGUAGCGGAUGAUCCUCUUCACAGCCUGCUGGUGCUCCGUUGUCGGUCGCUGCAUGAACCGACUGACGUAGCCGACGGAGAAGGCCAAGUCCGGCCGUGUGUGGGUGAGGUAGCGAAGGCUCCCCACAAGACGCCGGUACUGUGUAGCAUCCACUUCCUCCGUCGUGCUAUCGCGGCUCAGCUUCAGUCUCUCCAUCGGAGUGAGAGUUGGGUUGCAAUCGGUGAGCCCAGCCAGCUCAACGACGCGCUUGGCGUAGGCGGUCUGUCGAAGCGUGAUCCCGGAGUCGUCCUGGUGCACCUCAAUCCCCAAGUAGAAAGAGAGAGGCCCCAGAUCACUCAUCUGGAAGGUGGCCUUCAUCUCCUCCUUGAACGCCGCGACCUCCGCAUCCUUGGUGCCGGUGAUCACCAAGUCGUCGACGUAGACACCCACCAGCAAGGCAUUUCCUCCAUUGCCCCGCCGGUAGAUGGCCACCUCGUGCGGGCUUUGCUCGAAGCCCAUCCCCUUGAGCGUGGAAUCCAACUUGGCAUUCCACGCCCUCGGUGCCUGCCGCAAGCCGUAAAGGGCCUUGUGCAGGCGUAGCACCUUGCCCUCCUUGCCGGGGAUCACAAAUCCCGGCGGCUGGUGCACGUAGACCUCCUUCUUCAAGUCGCCGUUCAGAAACGCCAACUUGACGUCCAUGUGAUGGACGCCCCAGCCUUCCUGAGCAGCCAGCGCAAGAAGGAGUCGCACGGACUCCAUCCGUGCCACGGGAGCGAAGGCAUCGUCGUAGUCGAUCCCCUCCUGCUGCACGAAACCGCGUGCCACCAAGCGAGCCUUGUGCUUGACGAUGGCUCCGGCUUCAUCCCUCUUCAGCUUGAACACCCACUUAAAGGGUGAUCGCACGGUGACCACGAGGGAGGUCAGCAAGCUCCCAGGUGUGGUUCUCCUGAAUCGCGUCCAUCUCCGACUGCAUCGCGGCACACCAUGCCACGUGUUUCUCGGCCUCUGUGAAAGACCGAGGCUCACUGUCGUCGCACGCAAGGUGCAACUGCGCCUCCAGGUCGCAAGGCACCAGUCCCGGCACCGGCUGGUCGCCGAGAAGAUCCUCCAUCGUACUGUACCGUAGCUGCUCGCCGUUGUGGUACGCGUCGAUGCGCUCCCUGUCGUGGGAGAGCGGAGUAGCGAACUCCACCAGGCUGCGCUCAACACGAGCUGGCGUCGGAGUAGACGUGCUCGGAGGAGUGGCUGUUGGUGCUGGAGGGCGUGGGGUCGCCGGCUGUGGUGGUGUCGGUGAAGAGCUCGUCGUAGUCGAAGUCGUGGCCCAAGAGUGUGUUGGUGUCGGAGUCGGUGGAGGCUCGGGGACUGGGGUAGACACGCUAGGUGAAGAAGAGCUGCCUACUCCCCCAGCUCCCUCGAAGUGGACGUACUCGACGGUGAAGUCGUCGUACGUCGGAGUCGAACCAUCGUCCACCGCCUUGUCCCAUACCCACCCUCGCCCUUUGUCGAACACUACGUCGUGCGCUGUGCGCACACGCUGUGUCUCCGGGUCGAGGAUGCGGUAGGCCUUCGAGCCCUCCGCGUAGCCGAUGAACACCCCUGGGGUGCUCCUGUCGUCAAGCUUGUCGAUGUGGCCAAGCUCCUUGACGAACGCGAGGCAGCCGAAGACCCGCAGGUGGGAGGCCCCCGGCUUGCGCCCAUGCCAAGCCUCAUACGGUGUCCUGCCAUCGAGGGCCUUGGUAGGCGAGCGGUUGAGGACGUAGACGGCCGUCACCACCGCCUCUCCCCAGAAGAUGGCCGGCAUCCCCCUCUGCUUGAGGAGAGCCCGAGCCAUCCCCACAACCGUCUGGUUGCGCCGCUCGACGACGCCGUUCUGCUGCGGGCUAUACGGCGCGGUGUAGUGGCGCUGAAUGCCCUCAUCAGCGCAGUACGACGCGAAUUCAGCCGCCGUGAAUUCGCCGCCGUUGUCGGUGCGCAGCACGCACAGCUUGCGGCCGCACUCCGCCUCUGCAGCAGCCUGCGCGUGCCGGAUGGCGUCCGCAGCCUCUCCCUUGCUGCCGAGGACCAUCACCCACAUGUAGCGGGAGAGGUCGUCGACGAGCAGCAGGAAGUAACGUCGUCCUCCUGGUGUGGCUGGUGUCACUGGGCCACACAAGUCCCCGUGCACGAGCUCGAGCCGCUCCUUGGCUCGGAAACUCGUCUGCUGGGAAAGGGGAGCCGCCUUUGCUUCGUUAGGACGCAGACGUCGCAGAGCUGCUCCACGUGGUCAAGGCACGGCAGGCCUCGCACCAUCUCCUUGGCACUGAGCCGCUUCAGGGCCUCAAAGUGGAGGUGCCCGAAACGCUCGUGCCACUGCCACGCCUCAUCGUCCCGACGAGUGGCGAGGCAUACUGGUUGUGCGACCUACGCGCUGAGGAUGUAUAGUCGAUUAGUGCCUCUGGUUACCUUGGCAAGAAGGCGACGGCGGCGAUCCCAAAUCCUCAUGACUCCGUGCUCGACCAACACGCGUGAGCCGUUCUCAUCAAGCUGUCCCACGCUGAUGAUAGAGUUUCUCAACGCGGGGAUGUAGUAGACUCCGGUGAGCAGCCUGUGCUCACCGGACUUGGCGGUGAAGGUGACGGAGCCGACGCCCUUGAUCUCCACGCCGGAGGCAUCCCCAAACUUGACGGAGCCUCGGACGCUGGAGUCAAGCUCGGUGAAGACCUCCCGCUGGCCAGUCAUGUGAUGGGUGGCGCCGGUGUCGAGGUACCACCCAUCAGCCUUGUCGUUGCUGGAGCUGUUGCAGAGGGAGACGAGCACCUUCGGCUCAUCAAGGUGGAGGAAAGCCGCUGCGGCCGGUGCCACUGGAGGUAGCUCGAUGCUUGCGUGUAGCAGCCAUGCUAGGGCAAGAGGGUGCUGUCCUAGAGCAUCCCAACAAACUGUCCUAGAGCAUCUCAACAAACUGCUGUCCUAGCUGUCCUAGAGCAUCCAAACUGAAAGUAGAGAUGCUGUCCUAGAAAGCUAAAAAGCAAGAAAAAGCACCACAAGACCAAGACCAACCAGCCAAGACUUAUUCCUACAUAGCAAUCGAGCUGGAACAAUGUAUGACUGAUAAUUUACUGCCGAUUCUUCUUUUCUGCUCACCAGGAAAAUCAGCCUUCAUAGUUUUAGCUAGACAGUGGAAUUAAUUGUGUGAACUCUACCUAUUACAUGGACGAGUUCAUGCUGAACAUGCUAUGUGAGAUACUUUGGAAAUAAUUUGGUGAAAAGAACUGGACUGUAACAAUCCGUAUGGUGACAGGACAUGUUUGCAAUGUUUUUCUUGCUUGAAGGCGAGACAAUAUACUCCUCCGUUUCUAAAUAUUUGACACCAUUGACUUUUUAAACAUGUUUGAUCAUUCGUCUUAUUCAAAAAAUUAAGUAAUUAUUAAUUUUUUCCUAUCAUUUGAUUUAUUGUUAAAUAUACUUUCAUGUAUACAUAUAGUUUUUCAUAUUUCACAAAAAUUUUUGAAUAAGACGAACGGUCAAACAUGUGCUAAAAAGUCAACGGUGUCAAACAUUUAGAAACAGAGGGAGUAUAUAAAUGCUGACAUUGUAGUAAACCACAUACAGAGUGCUCACUAUUGUUUUCAAUAUAGUCAUUCUCCCUUUUGCAGAGUUUGCUGACUUUUUCAUGACUUGAAAUAUACUAUAAAUUUUUGGUCAUUGGUGAAAGCUAAUGCAAUAUCAAGUCUUCCGUACUUUCUGCUUCCACGAACAAUGGAGAAGUUCCAGUGGCCUCGUCGAAUCACCUCAAGAGCUGCCAAGAUGAACAAAGUUACUCUGGAAUCCAGGCUUCCGAUGUUAGGGUGGAUGACGGUCUGAAGCCAUGCCAGCCUCAAGAUAAGGUUCAGACCCUGAAAAAAAAAAGGAUUCUAAUGUUCUGCAUGAUUGGAAAAUACCUUGUCAGAGACAUUGAAGUAGGAGCUCUCCACUACUUUAAGGUCAUGGAAUCAGAAGGAAGAGGAAUUGGCAGGAACCUUGUCAAAUUUCUUCAAAAUCUUCACAAACGCCAUCAUGUUUAAGCUCCUGCAGCAAGAUUGUCUUGUCAGUACGCGCAUAAAACCAAGCCAAGCAUUACAUGUCAGUUACACUUACCGCUUGUCGCCGCAUUUUGUACCGUUGGCGCUACCGCUCCUCCUCGACUGGCUUAGCAUGUCGUCGAACAGAAGCUCACGGAUGGCGGUGACGGUCCUCGUCGGCGUGGUCACCGGGAUGUUGAUCCUGACGCUUCUGCCUUGGCAGGUGACCGCCCUGCCUCCUGGGAGCGUCGUCCUCGGCCUGGUGUUGGCGGCUUCUUCUCUUGGCCUGCCAAGCCUCCCUGAAUCGCCCAAUUCUUGAGGGAUGGUGAGCUGAUCAUCGUCUCCUUCGUCAGGGCUCCUUGCAAUCAUGUCUUUGUACGUGCAGGUGUUAGCAGAAGAGAGAUGGAGACUGGAGAGUAUGUACGCACGUACCGUGGAGGAUGGAGCAGGAGACGGAGGGAUCCUCCGUGUCCGGCGGCGAGGAGUCGCCGCCGUUGCCGCAUCGGCGGCGGCGCCCGUCGCGCUGCUGCUCGGCGACGACGGCGGCCCGGAGCUCGGCGAGGAUCUGCAGCUGGCGGCGGAGCGACUCGCCGCGCUCCACGAACUCGGCCUCCUUCCGCUCGUAGAAGCGGUUCACCUUGUUGAGCUGCUCGUCCAGCCUCGCGAAGAAGGCCCUCGCCGCCUCGCCGUCCGCGAACCCGGCGCCGCCGUCCACGAGCUCCGUUUCGUACACCUCUCCGGCCACCGCGCCGCCGCCGCCGCCUCCGCCGCUGGCCAGCUUCCUAUGCACCUGCAUUGCAUUGCACACGUGCCAACAGCAGAACAGAUACAGUUAUUACUUUUACGAACACCCGUAACCAUGAAAAUUGCUGAAAAUUUCCCUUGAUGUUUA